AUGCUCAAGCUACAAGCAAGAGGCGCUACUUGUAGCACUAGCGUGCUACUUGUUGCGCAAGCGAGGGAGCUGAUGCCGCAGAGCAUGCGCUACUCCGAGGGAGCUGAUGCCGCAGAGCAUCUUAUUGUUACAAUCCUUGCUCCGGUGAAAUGGUAUUUUCGGGAGCACGACGGCCUAUGA